CAUAACUUCCGGAAUAACGAAGCCCAUAUCCGCCCCCUAUGGGAACGUUUUCUUUUCCAAUUUUCCGAUGUUUUCCUGCAACGCUGAAGGGACUUCGAUUUGCUGCGCUGCAUACUAGUUAUCCUUCUAGCUAGUAAGUUAGGUUUCAUUCAGAUGCUGGUUAUGACGCUUCAUGACUGGAGUACCAGACUGUGCUAAGCGACGCUUCUGUGUUACCGAGACACCAGCGGCAUUAACGCCUGGGUAGCAGCCGCCCGAAAUGGCAGAUGAGGCCAGACGAGGGGAGGAGGAUGAGCGCGGUCCCGGAGCUGCCUAUAACAUGUUCGUGGUCAUGGAGGACCUUCUUGACAAGCUGAAACUUCUAGAUUAUGAGGCGGAGGUUCUGGGGAAGCACAACAUGAAAGCGCUUUCUAGGCAUUAUUUUGCAUCCAGCCCCUACAUGCCAUCCAACCCAGGGGAGCAGUACUACAUGUUCACUGUCCUGGCCUCGUGGCUUAUCAACCAAGCGGGCAGACCUUUCGAGCAGCCACAGGAAUACGACGAUCCCAAUGCCACGGUGUCCAACAUUCUGUCAGAGCUGCGGGCUUUCGGUGGGCAGGUCGACUUCCCCCCCUCCAGACUGAAGACCGGCUCCGGGGAGCACGUCUGCUAUGUGCUGGACCGUCUGGCUGAGGAGGCGUUGAAAAGGAAGGGCUUUGCAUGGAAGAAGCCAAAGUAUCCGACAGAGGAACUGGAAGAGGAGUCUCUUGUGGAAGAUGAUGCAGAACUCACACUGAGCAAAGUGGAGGAAGAUAUGACUGAGGAACCCGAUGACAAUGAGGAAGAAAAUCUCAUUGACUUGGAAGCUCUGAAGGCAAGGACCAGUCAAAAUGAGGCUAAUGGCUCUUCAAAGCCAGAUGAGAUUUUAGAGUCCAACACGGACGUGGCCGAGUGGAACCUGGAAGUUGAAAGAGUCCUUCCACAGCUGAAGGUGACCGUCAGAGCCGACAACAAGGACUGGAGGAUACAUGUCGACCAAAUGCACCAGCACAAAGAUGGCAUCGAAUCCUCGCUGAAGGAAGCCAAGGGCUACCUCAACAAGCUGCAGGAAGACAUCAGCAAGACGCUGGAGAAGGUGACCAGCCGUGAGAAGUACAUCAACAAGCAGUUGGAGCACCUGGUCCAGGACUAUCGCAGCGCUCACGCCAAGCUUAGCCAGUCCAGGGAGCGCUAUCAGCAGGGCAGCGGCGGAGUGACCGAGAGGACCAGAGUUCUGUCUGAGAUCUCUGAGGAUCUGGAGAAGGUGAAGCAGGAGAUGGAGGAGAGGGGAAGCAGUAUGUCUGAUGGAGCCCCCUUGGUCAAGAUCAAGCAGAGCCUGACCAAGCUGAAGCAGGAGGUCAUUCAGAUGGACAUCCGUAUCGGAGUGGUGGAGCACACCAUCCUGCAGGCCCAGCUGAAGGAGAAAUCCAACAUGACCAGAGACAUGCACGCCACCAGCAUCCCGGAGCCGGCCAUCGGCACCUAUUGACGUUCAGAUAGAGCCACAUCACUUCCUGUCUGCUGCCGAACACUUCAUGGUUUCCUCUUUAAAACUAGAAUGGCUAAACCUUUGUUAAUUAUGCAUGUUUCUGCAGUACAAAAAGGUUAUACAAUUUGUAAAUAUGAUUUUUGUAUUUGCACCAAAAUAUGAAUAAUAAUUUUUCUAUAAUA